AUGUCCACUGAUGUUUUUCAGCAAAUGAAGGAUGAUGAAGCAGUUCGAUUCACAGCAGGACAUCAAAAACAAAUGAAACAUCCUGGAGAGCCCAAGGGCCACUCAUCAUCUAAGAGAAGGCGAAUUGCUACUGUCACUCACGAUGUUCAUGAGAAGAAGAUGGAAAAUAGUCAAACUCCACCUGGGGGCUUCUUUUCAAAAUCUGUUUCACCGGGGCUUAUGAAUAUGGCAGGAGAUGGUAUCCCACUCAACCAAGUGGAUUCCCUGUCUGAUGAUUUCACUCGUCUCAAGAAAGAUGGGCCGAUUCACAAACCUGGGGAUAAUGCACUCAUAGGAGGAACCAAGAACUGCAGUGUCUCUGCAGGUGACUCCAAAGCCACAGCAGUGUCUUCAAAGGGAGCUGUGCCAAAUAAAUCACAGAUGAGUCCUGUUAUGGCACAGAAAAUUAAUGAUGAUAUAAAAUAUCAAUUAAUGAAAGAAGUUCGGAAGUUUGGACGAAAUUUUGAAAGAAUUUUCACUUUGCUUGAAGAAGUACAAGGACCUCUUGCAGUCAAGAAACAAUUUGUUGAAUUUACCAUGAAGGAAGCUGCAAGGUUUAAAAGAGUAGUCUUAAUUCAGCAACUUGAAAAGGUCCUGGAAAAAGUUGAAUCCAACCACCUGAGCAAAAAAAGUUAA